CUCACAUCAAGGCCACAUGGCCUAGCCUGUCAGAUCAGACACAAUGGAAUCAAGCAAGCCCACUUUAGCUGCUGUAUUAAAUGAGCUAGUUCCGAUUGAAGACAAAUGGCAGGACAUUGGGAUACAGCUGAACCUGAAAGAUGAAAUAUUGCUGGAAAUCGAGAGAAAACCCACCAACACACGCUCUCAGUUGCGAGAAAUGAUUCGCCAUUGGCUGGACACUAGUAAGGCUUCUUGGACUGACCUAGUUUCUGCUUUGAGUACACGUUUAGUCUCAGAGGAAACCAUAGCAGGUGUACUGAGCUCUACGUAUUGCUGUGAACCCCUCAAUACUGAUGGAGGGGAAAGCCGCAAAGAUUCGUUGGAGAGAGAGCCUCAUCUCAAUGGCAACUAUCGCUCUGAAGCUACAACUAAGUCAAUUGUAGUGAGAGUCAAAGGUCGAAAUGUACCCCGUGAAAUUAUAUCACGGCUCGAAAAGACAGUUCCAGAGUGUGAUGGCACAGAGCUUAGUCUUGGAAACUAUGAGGUGGAUAAGGGUCACACCCAUAAAUCUCAUCGUCACUCAAUUUCAAGCGCUUCAGAGCUUCUAAAAAGUGAGGUUGGAAAGUCGCUGAGAAGAAAAUCGCUGAGUGAUGUUAAAUCUGCUAGAAGACACCUGAAUGGUCACUCUGAACCAGUAGUGAUUGACUCAAGGUCAAAGCACACCCCAGAGGGAAAUCCUGACCUACAGGAUCGUAUACGAGGCUCAUACUCAGAAGGUACAACGGAAACUCCCAACUCAAGAUUGAAGUCGAGGCAGACCAGAGUCGUUGAACACACACCAAGAGAUUACACAAAACAACUGGUAUCAUCCACUGACAAACGUAAGAGUCAAUUCUUACCUGAGAAGGAGAAACAUACUCCAAGACGACCAGACAAAGACAUGGCGACCGUUAGUCGAUUCAAUAACUCAUCAUCGCCAAAUCGUUCCUCAAAAAGAUCCAUAGACGUGAAAAAUAUGACAGAUAGAUCAAUAAAGGCUCCAGAACUCUUAAAAGAUGCUCACAUUCUGAACCGGAAUGGAAUAGCGGCUGCAAUUUGUGACACUGUGAAGACAACUCUAAACGAAAAUAAAUAUGACAAGCAAAAAAUAUUGAAGGUGGAAUCAGAUGCACCUAAAAAACGAGCGAGUCUGGAUUCGAUUGAGUCACCCUGUGAAAAGACGGCUACAAAGCCUGUUAGAAGGUUUGAUGAAGCUGUGAAAUCCCUUAUGAAGAGUAGUAGUUUAAAACAUUCUAAAAGUGUGGAAAGAAACGUGAAAGUGUCUGAUACAGAUUCAACCUCAGAAAACAACAAAAUCUCUCACUGUCACUCCACUCAUUCUGAGCGCUCAACGUCCAGCUCACAUUACCCCACAAAGAAAACUUCAGACACAAAAAUGAAAGUGAAAUCAAAAGAAGGAUCUGAUUUGGAGAUAGCCUCUAAAUACAAACACUCUACAAAAUCACCUGUUGAAAGAGAGCGCAAAUCCCGGUCAAGUAAAGUGGUCAAGAUUGAGGUGACUAGUGACGGUUCUCCCUCUCAAAAGAUCAAGAAGAGCUCUCACCACCACUCUAGUGACUCAGAACUUGCGAAGUGCAAAUCAAAACACACUAAAAAUAAAUCCGAAAAAAGUGCAGAGAGAAAGAGGAAAUCUGAAGAAGAGUCCGGCUCAGAAACUGUUUCAAAAAAAUCCAAGCGCUCACACUUGACUAAAUCUCCUCUUCAAAAUGAAAGUGACUCCUUGCCGAGUAAGGUGAUCAAAAUUGAGGUGUCCAGUGAUAUAGAAGUAUCAACCCGCCGAAAGAUAAAAAAGAGCUCGCACAAAUACUCUAGUGAUUCUGACAGUACAAAGAAACAAUCUGAAAAGCAUGCAGUUAAAAAAAAGAAAUUGGAAGCAGAAAAAGAGGCUGAACCAGAAUCGACCUCCAAGAAAUCCAGGCACUCAAAGAUGUUACCUGUUUCGACUCCUUCAAAUAAGAUGAUCAAACUCGAGGUAGCAAGUGACACUGACUCUCUGCCCAAAAAGAGCACAAAGCCUCACUCACUCUCUACUACUGCCCUCCCCCUCUCACUCACAAAGCGUAUCAAAACUGAAGUACUCUCUGACUUGGAAAAUGAAUAUACACCCGAAAAUGAAGUUUAUAGAAUUUCUGUUCCAGUCGCAAAUGUAAUAAAACCGAACGCUAAAGUGUCUAACUAUGAACAUAAUACUGAUUCUGUCGUUAAACAUAUGGCUGAUUCGAGAACCCCACAAGAGAGAUAUGCUUCUUCCACUGUCAUGCCGGCUCAAACCACCACUACACUACUACCACAUUUCCAACAGGUGCGGCCGCUGAUCCCACAUAUAAACUCAUUCCCCAUGACUGGACCUACUGCUCCCAUUGUUCCCUAUGUGCCAGUUGGCAGAGUACCAUCUUAUUAUCAACCUCUGCUGCCAAUCCCUGCCAAGAUACCUUCCCUUAUGGACAUAUCGUUUCCAUCAGUUAGCGAGACCACCCCCUACAAACACAGCAGACAGCAAACAGCUGUUUCGGAUGCCCUCCACCCCAAACCCUCUAAUAUUAGUGUACCAUCUUUUGUGGAUAUCUCUUCUGAAUCAUCAGUCGGCAAGGCUACACCUGGCAAACAUGACAGACUGGGAGCACCUGAUCCCAACACCUUUCAACCAACGCCUUCUAAGGUACGUAAAGUGUCCUCAGGCACCAAAUCAUCAGAGAAACCACCAAACUCUCCCAAACCAAACGCUGACGAAUUUAAUGUUCCCUCAACAUUUGGCGAUGAAGAUUGUGCCAAGAGACAGUUUAUUGCUCGGAAGUGUGUCAAAUGCAAACGUUUGCCCAGAAAGCCCAAGCGUUCACGAUGCUGUCUCCUCUUGUAUUGUGAGCCAUGUUCCAUGGAUACCAAGUACCAGCUGUGUAGCGUGUGUAGGAGGAAACAAGUGUUCAAACUCGAUUCUGAACUCAACAACAAGAUACCCAAACUAACUGUCUUCUGUAAGCACAACUCAGGAGGUUGCAAUUGGAAGGGCAAACUGUACAAGCUCAAAAACCAUCUUUUACACGAAUGCGAGGUCCCCUGUCCGUACAGCUCGUUUGGUUGCCAAGCAACGGUCACCAAUGACAACUACAAGAGUCACAUUGAGAAGUUAGCUUUAGUGCACCUUGAACUGUACAAGAAGAGCAGGAAUGAACCAGCUGACAGUUAAUGUGAUGUGAUAUGUGAUGUGAUGUGAUGUGAUGUAUACAUGUACGUGUGUUUGGCAGUUGCAUGAUUAUCAGAUAUAUAUUUUUUUCAAAAUGAUUCAUCUAAUAUUAUUGUGACAAUUAAAGACAAGCAGUUCUGAAUGAGUCCAUUAAGAUGUCUUUAUCCAAAUUGUAACC